UGUCAGUGUCUGGCUUGAUAACAGUAGGUUUAGAUGGUUGUUAAUAACUGGGGCUCCCCGGGAUUGUUCACAACAACAGAGGAAGGCGCACCAGCUCUGACCAAAUAAAGCGCAGUCGCGAUUUUUUAGAUCCUGAUUCGGAACCACACAAACGGAAACUAACGUUAACGCGUUCUUGUGCGACAGGGCUUCGUUGUUCUACGGAAAGCUAUUGUUUGUUACCGAGCUAGCUUUGUCCUUCUUCGCAGUCACAGCUGUGGUUGGUUGUGUUGCUGAUAUAUUUAUACAAAUCGUUGUGGAAUAUGGCUCAGCAUGGUCAUCAUGUAGCCAGUUCCCAAAAAGCACUAAUGCUGGAGAUGAAAAGUCUCCAAGAUGAGCCGGUCGAAGGGUUCAAAAUAACUUUGGUGGAUGAGUCGGACAUGUACAACUGGGAAGUAGCGAUAUUCGGACCCCCAAAUACACACUACGAGGGUGGUUAUUUUAAGGCUCGGAUCAAGUUCCCCGUCGACUACCCAUACUCCCCACCUGCUUUCCGCUUCCUUACCAAAAUGUGGCACCCCAACAUUUACGAGAACGGGGAUGUUUGUAUCUCUAUCCUGCACCCACCAGUGGAUGACCCACAGAGCGGUGAGCUGCCGUCAGAAAGGUGGAACCCCACACAGAACGUCAGGACCAUCCUGCUCAGCGUGAUCUCUCUGCUGAACGAGCCCAACACCUUCUCCCCGGCCAACGUGGACGCGUCCGUCAUGUACCGCAAGUGGAGGGACAGCAAGGGCAAGGACAGAGAAUACAUCGAGAUCAUCAGGAAGCAGGUGCUGGCUACCAAAGCUGACGCAGAGCGGGACGGCGUCAAGGUUCCUGUCACAUUGGACGAGUACUGUGUCCGCACCCAAGUCCCGCCCACAGACGACGGCUCCAACCUCUUAUAUGACGACUACUACGACGACGAGGAGCUGGAGGAUGACGACGAGGACGACAACGAGGACUGUUGCUAUGAUGAGGAUGACUCGGGCACGGAGGACUCCUGACCUCGCCCCCAACACCCCCACACCCCUAUCCCACCCCACCCCACCCCACCCCUCCCCUCACCCCUGACCAGUCCCUGUCCCUCUCAGCCCCGAGCACAUACACACACACACCUCCCUCUUCUGUCGUGGACUGAACUUUAAUUUCCUGCUCCCUCUUCUUCCUCCCCUCAGACUCCCCUCAUCAUCCUCACUUAGCACAGCCCCCCACCCCUCCUCUGUCCACCUCCUGUCACAUGUGCAGUCACCGUAUGCACACUAAAACCUGAUGCAUUGAAGAAAAGAAAGCUACAGAGUUGUUUUUGUUGGUUUCUUUCUUGUUUUCUUUUGUUCUUUCAUUCAAGUAGAGCUUACACACACACACGAUACACACACAGCAGGAAAACGUCUAGUAACAAGCGCUUCCUCGUCUGCUUCUGCUUGUCUGCACUGGUAACUUGUUUAAAUUCCCACAAAAGUGGUUUUAGCUCCAAGACUUAUUUCCUCCUCUGGCUUUGAGAGGAACAAAGCCAAGUUGUUGUUUUUCAUUUUUUUGUCUUUUUUUUUUUUUUUUUUCUUUUCUUUUUUAAAUUUGACCAGUGGUCACGUCUUUUCUUGACAUCAUCAGCAUCAGGGAGGAAUGUAACGUCACAGGUCAGAUCAGAGUAAAACAAGCGGAGAGCAUUUGCAAAGGAAGCUAAUUUUGAAAAAAAAAAAAAAAAAAAAUUACACAGCGUGUGUGUAUUUGUGUGUGGUUUUUUUUUUUUUUUUUUUUUUUUUUUUUUUUUUUUUUGUGGAAAAGCUGAGUCACGUCCGCCUCUGAGCCACCUGUGUGACCUCCAGUUUUCCAGGCUGGUCGAAGCCCUUCCAUGCUUCACCUCUGACAUUUUUUUUUUUUAAUAGCCCCAGGGCUUGUGCUGCUCCGAACAGGGAAGCUGUUCACACUCCCUUGUUGUGCCUUCCCUCGCUACCCCGAUACCACAGAUCUGAAUGACUCAUGGGACAGACCGUUCAAAGCAAAAAAAAAAAAAAAAAAAAAAACCUACCCAGCAGCCAGACAAACAAAGGUGGCAGAGGGAGAUGUUCAGGCUCACAAGGUCUCAGGUGGGAAUAAUUGUGCAAACAGCGCCCUCCUGACAGAACAAGUUAUUUAUAGCAGCACCUGUCAGAUUUGUCCGGGUUGUGAGUGAGAGAGGUAAGAUCCAACAGCUGAACUAAAAGAGUGGAAUGUAGAUCAGGAUCCCGCAGACGUCCUCUACCAACUGCCACACAGCCUUCAUCACACAAGCACGUGCUACCAGUGGCCUGGAUGCCUGGAUGCAUUAAGAAGCUAGCCAAGCCUGCUGCUGCUCAUGAAAUCCAAUGUACUGUAUUUAAGAAAACAAAACCUAUGCAGUCAGUGCUUGAACUCCCUUUUAUGCAGUGCUUUAAACGUGGCAGUGAAGCUGAGCCUUUCAACACUCUGACCUGAACUCCAGCUUGAGUUUUACAAGCCAGCUACGUACCCUGUUAGGACUUUGGACUGACGGUGUCUUCGGUUUAGAGAUGGACGUGUGUGUAGUUGCAUCCGUUUUCAGUGUUUGUCAGUGGGUUUGUUAAUCUAAACCAGAGUAGCACAAGUCUCCAGAGCAGCAGAACCAAGAGUGAGAUUGUGCACUGGCCUUCACAGAGCACACCCCCCCUAGUGGUGGCUGUGUGUACAGGUGGUGUUUUUGUUUUUGGGUUGUUUUUUUUUUUUUUCUUUCCUCCCCCUGCUCGGAAAUGUUCAACUGUGCCCCAGCCAUCUUGACUCACCUGAAUCAAUGACCCCCGUUACCUCACAAGGAGAUCAGGUAGCAGUGCGAGUGAUUCAGGAGAAUGAAAAUGGCCUGAUGUUUUUUUUUUUUCUUUCUUUCUUUUUUUUCAGUCAGCGAUUUCUUCGCUUCAAAGACACAUUACCACCAUUCAGCAGUAUUUCCGAUGAAACUCUCAACAUUGCUGUAACCAUGUUUCCGUUGUGUGUGCGUGUGUGUGUCUGUGUGUCUGUGUCUGUGUGUGAAUCGUUUAUGAGACGUGCCGAGAAGUUGCAGAGAAGAAGAAGAAGCGCCGAAAUGGGAAAGGCGUUGGGAUGAGGGUUGAUCUUUUGAGCAUGAACAGGAGAAUGUGGUUCUUCACUAGCAUGCUGUUAAUGACGUGUUUGUGGUUUUAGAUCUGCUAUAAGGGUCGGGGAUUGUGUCCAGGGACUGAGGUUCUCAAUUUUUUUAAAAAUCUAAAACUGUUGCAUUGUGAAUGGGCUGAGGGUCGUCCAUUUUUUGGAUUUUUUUUUUGUUUACUGUUUUUGAUGUAAUCUUUAUUUCCAAAUUGUGGUGUGAGCUGCAAUGCUUUCUGUCUUAUAUGUAUUAAAGUGCUAAGAAUAUUGACCUGAUUGUUAAAAACCCAGGAUUGUUCACGGACGAGCGGAUAAAUGUACCAACCGAUCUCACACACACACACACACACACACACACAAAAAGAAAAUCAAACAGAAGUCACACAGAACCAAAUUGACACAGCACACCACACAAAUUCUUACAGCCUUUUUCUUAGCCCUGAAUGCUCAGAAAUGAGUCACUAAUACUCAGUAAUUGACUGAUGUCCGUUACACAGCCUAUGAAUGAUUCUCCCCCCUCAGUUUUGAUGUUUUAAGGGUGAAUGGGAUUUCAUUUUUUCUUCUUUUUUUUUUUUUUGUAAAACCACUGUUAUUUUUAUCGUCUUUUCCUCCCACUUCCCACUCGCCCCCUCGUUCUCUUAGCUCUGAUUGGUGGCAGCAGCAUCACUGAGGGAAAAAUAAAAACCCAGCAGUUAAUUACAAAAAACAACAAAAACCUCAGGAAAAUAAAAAAAAAAACAACAACAACAACCAACCAACAAACAAACAAAUCCUUUUCCAGCUGAGUGAACCUGACCCCGGGGAGUCUCACUUUUUGGCUUCAAAGGACUGUUUACAAUCCCUUGAUAUGCACAUGUGGAUAUUUUGACGAUCACUUGAUGUUUUUUUUUUUUCUUGUUUAUAUUUUCUUUUUUUCUUAUGGUUUGUAAAUCUAUUUAAAAUCUGAAAUAAAGAUCUUUAUUAGA